AGAAUCAAGCUACCUUGACUCUCUUGGAGAGGAGAUCAACAUGGCAACACCAUUAACAUCAUCUCAGACCUACAUUGAUAAGUUUGACCCUUUAGAUUAUUACAAAGCAUAUUAUCAGUCCGAAGGAACGAUAACUGAAGAAUGGGUUGAUUUUGUAUUACGGAAUCUUCAUGAAACUUUCACUACAGGUGGUGUUAAAGGAGACCUAUUAAUUGACUUUGGAGCUGGACCCACAAUUUACCACCUUCUCUCGGCUUGUGAAGCUUUUAACAAUAUCAUCACUUCUGACUUUCUUGAGCAAAACCGAACACAGCUACAGAAGUGGCUGAAGAAGGAUCCCGAUGCACUUGACUGGACUCAUAUUGUCAAGAGGGUGUGUGAGCUGGAAGGUAACAGUGACAAUGAGAGCUGUAAGAAGAAGGAAGAAAAACUCAGGAGAAUGGUGACAAAAGUCCUGAAAUGUGAUGCUCUGAAGGAGAACCCAUAUGACCCGGUGAAGAUGCCACAAGCCGAUUGCCUGAUCAGUUGCCUCUGCUUAGAAGCCGCCUGCAAAGAUGUAGAAUCCUUCACCAAUGUGUUGAGGAAUUUUAAGAGCUUAAUUAAACCAGGGGGUCACAUAGUACUGCAGAGUGUACUUAACUGUACAUACUACUUUGUUGGUCAAAAUAAAUUUUUCUGUCUGCCUAUUAGUAGAAAAGAACUGGAGGCAGCAUUUAAGGAGGCUGGUUAUGAAAUAAUGAAAAUAAAAGUCAUUCCAUUUACUAAAGUUCCAGAGAAGGACGUCUGUGAUCAAGAUAGCUAUUACUUUGUCCAUGCCCGUAAACCAUGUUCACAGGGCUAAUGACCCAUUAACUAUUUACAACCAGGUCCUAAUCAGUCAUUUCUCCUGUU